CGGUUCGUUAAUGACCUCCCAUUCCGUCACUGUAUACGAUUAGCGUUUGGGAAAUAAAUACACGCUGGCUACAGGGGAAAGGAGUGCGAAUUUAUGACAGUGACGGUAACACGCUGAGAUUAUAAGAAUGUAAUCAGUUUGAUUAUCUGAUCCGUACUGUGAUUGAUGACAGGUCAAAAAUCACGUGUUUCGUUACAGGUGAUUUGUCAAUGCACAAUUCACAAUGGCGCACACGUGAAGAACUACGUUUAAGAAUGAUCUUCGCGUCUGUUGCGACUUUCUCAAAUCAUUUCCUGCAAGGUUAGUUUUUGGAUUAUGCCAAGGAGCAGGUGCUCCCCUAUCCCUCCUGGAUGACUGCAACAAAUCUGUUCUCCUAUCCCCCUAACUAAAGCCCUAACCUUCUCAGCAUGGACAGCACUGGACAGAAGUACUUCAGUGCUAUUGACUUUGUGUUAUUUGCCCUGCUCCUGGUUGCGUCCAUGGCCAUAGGGCUGUAUUAUGCCCUUUCUGGAGGACAGCAAAGGACCACACAGGAGUUUCUGUUGGCUGACCGGAGUAUGAGGUGCCUGCCCCUUUCCCUCUCCCUCAUGGCUUCGUUCCAGUCUGCUGUUGCAAUAGUGGGGACGCCAGCAGAGAUCUACACCAAUGGCACACAGUAUUGGUUUAUUGGCUGCGCUUAUAUCCUAGGGCUCCUGAUCCCAGCCCACAUCUUCAUUCCGGUGUUCUACAGACUCCAUCUCACUAGUGUUUAUCAGUAUCUGGAACUACGUUUCUCUAAAGCAGUCCGAAUUUGUGGGACGGUGACCUUCAUUUUUCAGAUGGUUAUUUAUAUGGGUGUCGGAAUAUAUACUCCAGCUCUCGCACUAAAUACAGUUACUGGUUUUCACUUGUGGGGAACAGUAUUAGCAACUGGAUUGGUGUGCACAAUAUACACAGCACUGGGUGGAUUAAAAGCAGUCAUCUGGACAGACGUUUUUCAGACUGUGGUGAUGUUUGCAGGCCAGCUUGCUGUCAUCAUAGUGGGGGUGCAGCAGGCUGGGGGUCUUUCUGAGGUUUGGCGGAAAGUCACAGAGGGAGGCUUGAUCUCUGCCAUUGAUCUAAAUCCUGACCCGACUGUGAGACACACCUUCUGGACGUUGGGGUUUGGUGGUGUUUUUCUGAUGCUCUCUCUAUAUGGUGUGAACCAAACGCAAGUGCAGAGGUACCUUAGCUCUCGCACAGAAAAAGAGGCUGUAAUGUCAUGCUACAUGGUGUUUCCAUGUCUUCAGGUUGCUUUGGGUCUAAGCUGUCUGAUGGGGAUUGUUAUGUUUGCAUGUUACAGUGGGAACAGUGCAUUAGACCAACUGUAUAUCAAAUCUAAAGAUCAGAUGGUCCUAUACUUUGUCAUGGACAUGCUGCAAGAUAUUCCUGGACUGCCUGGACUGUUUGUUGCAUGCUUAUUCAGUGCAUCUCUAAGUACAAUAUCCUCAGCUCUCAAUUCUUUGGCUACAGUAACAAUGGAGGAUUUUAUUAAGCCACAGUAUCCCGCUAUAUCAGAAGCUAAAGCCACCAUACUGUCCAAGAUGCUUGCCUUUUCAUAUGGCCUUUUAUGCCUUGCUAUGGCCUAUGCUAUCCAUUUGAUGAACAGUUCUGUUUUACAGGUAGCUCUCAGUAUCUUUGGAAUGGUAGGCGGUCCCUUGCUGGGGCUUUUCUGUCUUGGCAUAUUUUUCCCUUGGGCCAAUAGCACCGGUGCAGUAACAGGACUUGUUGCUGGGCUCAUCAUAGCCUUCUGGAUUGGCAUUGGUGGAUUUGUGGCUCAGAUGUCAUGCACUGCCACUUGGUGUCCACAUAACGUCACUUAUCCAGUAUCAACAGGAAAUAUGACCAUGACUACAGUGACAUCACUAAUACCUGCAGCCACUCCUAAACCGAGUAAACCUGAUGGGCUGUAUGGCUUCUAUUCCCUUUCAUACAUGUGGUACAGUGCUCUCAACUCCACUGUUGUGAUCCUUAUUGGACUUCUUGUCAGUCUAAUCACAGGUCCAAUGAAGAAAAGAGACGUAACAGAAGGCACUGUUUACCCUCUACUGAAUAACAUAUGUUUUAACUUUCAAUUUCUGCUGAAAACCAAGCCUUGCUGCGGCUCAACUCCAGCGCACAGGAUUACUGCUUAUUGUGAACAAAUGAAUGGUGUUGCCAAGCCAGAGAGAGACAUUGGAACAGAGGAAGAAAUAGAGACAUUUUUGCCACUUAGCAAUAAAUCUUAUUUAGAGAAGGAAACCUCAGUGUAAAACAUCAUGUCGACUAUAAUAUACCUUUUGUUUGUUUGUUUACAAAAUCUAUUUAUCAUUUGAGCUGAUUCAGGUUUUUUCCUCUCCCUUUUGGGCAAGGAGUUGGUUAUCUGAAAAGCUGCAUACAAAUAGGAACUUUGACACUGUGGUUUUUUUUGGUCAUACAAACCAGAAUGCAAUUAUUGAAUGUUUUUUAAUAAUUAACUUCCUCAGUAAACUGUGACUCGUUCUUUAUUAGCUGAUUGUUGAUUUGAUACUUUUUUUAAGGUUUGUUACCAAUGCAAAACGUCAAGGCAUACUGCCAUACUGUAAAAACAAGAUAGAGCAUAUUACAUGCAAUUGCUGUAACAAGGCUGCUCAUGCUGUUGUUUAUUAAAAAUAUACCUUUCCUAAAAGAAA